AUGAGAGGGCUGGGGCUUGGUGAAAAGCUUGUUGAGCGCCAAAAGGUUGCCGAUCAGGAUUCAGACAAGAUGCCUAAGGUUGAGGAACGGCUAUAUUAUGGGGUUGCAUGGCGUAUCCAUAGAAUGGGAAGCCAGUCUGGUAGGGUUGUUGGAAUGGGGCAGCCAUGUUAUGCGUGUAUGGAAGCUGAUCCACAGAGGUUGGCUGAGGCCAUAAAGAGAGAGAAAGAGUACAUGAGGAAGACCAGUGAGGAUCUUAUGGCUCAGAACAGAUUGGCGAACGUGGAGAUGAUGAGACUAUUAUUGGCUGAGACUACUCCCUGGAACGGGAAGAGCAAGGGCUUACAAGUGAAGCAGAACGGAAACAAGUCUAAAAGAAAUGAGAACUUUAAGAAGGAAAAUGGAAGAGAUGAGAAUGGGAAUACUCCUACUUGUGCUAAGUACGGGAGGCCUCAUUAUGGUGUCUGCCGGAUUGGGCAGAAUGUAUGCUACAAUUAUGGUCAAGCAACACAUUUUGCUAAAGAGUGCCCCAGGAAAAGGGGACAGGUUGCGACUAUUCAGGAGCAUCUAGUACCUUCAGUUGCACGAGUUUAUGAUGUCACCCAGCAGGAAGCGGAGACGUCUCCAAAUCUGAUCCGAGGUACCAUUUCGAUGGAUGGCCAUGAUUUUGAUGCAUUAUUUGACUCAGGAGCGACCCACUCCUUUAUUUUGGGUUUUAUUGCAAAUGGUUUGAACUUGCCUAUGUAUGCAUUUACGCCUCCUAUGGUAGUGAAGACUGCCACCAGAGACUUGGUUUCCAUUUCUUUGAUGUGUAAGGAAGUCAAGUUUAGUUAUAAAGAGAAGGAGUAUGUGGUUGAUCUGAUUGUGCUUGAGGGAGGAUUGGUUGGUGUCUCUAAGGAGCCAAAUUCUAGUAUACCGAUUGUAUGUGACUUUGAGGAUGUAUUUCCAAAAGAGAUCCCACAGUUUCCACCAGAAAGGAAGAUUGAAUUCUCCAUUGACUUAGUGCCUGGUGUGGGGCUUAUCUCUUUGGCUUCAUACCGGAUGUCACCUGUAGAGCUUGCAGAGUUGAAGAAGCAAAUUGAAGAUCUGUCCAACAAGAAUUUCAUUAGACGGAGUGUAUCUCCUUGGGGAACAUCAAUUAUCUUUUUAAAGAAGAAGGAUGAAACUAUGAGGUUGUGCAUGGAUUACCGAUAUCAUCAGAUCCAAGUAAAAGCAGAAGAUAUUCCAAAGACGGCUUCUGAUAUAGAUAUGAGCACUAUAAAAUUGAAAGAUAAGUUGACUACCGCACCGGUUUUGAUUCUUCCUGACCCGAAAAAGAGAUUUGAGAUCUAUUGUGAUGCAUCUAAGUAUGGAUUAGGGUGCGUGUUGAUGCAGGAGCGAAAGGUAGUGGCCUAUGCUUCUAGACAGUUGAGACCACAUGAGGAGAACUACCAUACUUAUGAUAUUGAGUUAGCGGCUGUGGUUUUUACCUUGAAGAUAUGGGGGCACUUCUUGUAUGGUGCUACUUUCACAGUUUAUAUUGACCACAAAAGCUUGAAGUACUUGUUCUAUCAAAAAGAGCUUAAUAUGAGGCAAAGGAGAUGGAUGAAAUUUCUGAAGGAUUAUGAGUUUGACCUUCAGUAUCACCCUGGAAAGGUCAAUGUGGUGGCUGAUGCUUUGAGAAGGAAGACUACGAGUGUGGCUAGCAUGAUGAUUGCAGAGUAUGAAUUGAUUGAGAAGUUCAGAGAUUUGAGAAUUUCUGUGACACCACUUGAGACUUCAUAUUUCAUGGCUACAGUUGAAGUCCGAAAUUCAUUAAUGGAGAGAGUUAAAGCAAUCCAAGUGCUUGACGAAGGGAUUCAAAUUACAAAAGGGAAAGAUUUUGUGUUUACCGAUGCUUCUAAUGUGAAAUACUACAAAGAUCGGUUAAUUGUUCCAAAUGGGCCAAUGGUGAAAAUUGAGCAUCAGAAGCCUUCUGGUUUGUUACAGCCAUUAGAUAUUCUGGAGUGGAAGUGGACGAGUAUAUCCAUGAACUUCGUUGUUGGAUUACCGAGAAGUCAGGCUGGAUUUGAUUCCAUAUGGUCAAGAAAACUUUCUCCACAGACAGAUGGUCAGACAGAGAGAACCAUUCAGACACUAGAGGACAUGCUGAGAGCAUGUGUGCUUGAGCAGGGUAAUGCUUGGGACAAGUACCUGCCACUGGUUGAGUUCUCUUACAACAACAGUUAUCAUGCCAGUUUGGGCAUGGCUCCUUAUGAGGCCUGUAUGGUCCUCCGCAGAGAUAUAUAUGAUGAUUCACACAUUGUACAGCCUAAUGACAUAGAGGUUAAGAACGAUUUGAAGUUCGUUGUUGGACCUUCUAAGGUUCUUGCUCGGGAUGAGAAACGGCUUCGAAAUAGAGUUAUUCCCAUGAUAAAGAUUCAAUGGGAAGGAUUGACACCUGAGGAUGCCACAUGGGAGCAGGAGGAUGAUAUUCUCUGGCGAUAUCCCGACUUUGGUAUCAGGUGGGUUCUUGGUGGAAAGGAUGCAUCUUUGUUCGAGAAAAGUGGAAGCUUGAAGCCUUGGAGCUAA